AUGCAUGCUGCCGCCGCAGUCGGCGCGCGGGUGCUCACCGCGCUCGCGGCCGGGCUCAGCCGCGGGCCACUGGCGCGGAUGGCGGAGGAAGCGCUCGGCGCACCGCCGCCUGUAUUCGGUGACCUGCCGCUCGGCGACGCGACUUCGGCCGCCCUGCGCGGCGUGGGCAUCACUCGGCCGACGCCGAUCCAGCAGGCCGCCAUGAUGCGGCUCUUCCGCGGCGAGCACGCCGUCAUCCACUCCGCGACCGGCUCCGGCAAAACUCUUGCCUACCUCCUGCCGCUCCUGCAGCGGCUCCACACUUCGAGGCCCG